AUGCCUAUAAGGCAGCUCCCUCCCGAUAUCGCCGUCCAGAUAGCUGCCGGCGAAGUCAUAGAACGUCCUGUCUCCGUAGUCAAGGAAUUGGUGGAAAAUGCCAUUGACGCCGGGGCUUCCCGCAUUAUUGUCGAGAUCAAGGGCGGCGGCAUUGAACAGCUUCGUGUUGUUGAUGAUGGCGCCGGAAUACUCAGCGAAGAGGUUUUGCUGGCCUUUCAGCGGCACGCCACCAGCAAGGUCGAAUCCGCGGAUAUGCUUAAUGCCAUACCGACCCUGGGCUUCCGGGGGGAGGCUUUGCCCAGCAUAGCGGCCGUAUCCCAGAUGGCUAUUAACACCAGGCCUGCAGCAACAGACGCGGGUUUCAACGCUGAAUUUGCCUGGGGAAAACUGAUCAGUGAAGGCGCACACGGAUGCCCGCCGGGAACGACAAUUGAAGUUUCAGACCUCUUCGGAAACCUUCCGGCUCGGCGCCGAUUUCUAAAGUCCGCCACCGCUGAAUCGGGCCGCAUACAUGAACUGGUAACGCGUUACUCCCUGGCCUAUCCUGAGGUAUCUUUCCAUCUCAAGGUAGGUGAUAGGGUUGUCUUAAAUACGCAGGGCGACGGUCGCCGGGCAAAUGCUGCGUUGGCGGUGUAUGGGGCCGAAGUGUCCGAAAGCCUGCUGGAAAUCCAGGAAGAGGACCCGGAAACAGGAUAUCGGGUGGAGGGCCUCGCUGGCGACCCAAGUCUCCAUAGGGCCAACCGUACCUACAUGACGUUUUUUGUCAACCGCAGGUGGAUUCAAAACAGAAUGCUCACCUUUGCGUUGGAAGAGGCCUAUCACGGCUUACUUCCAGAAAAACGUUAUCCUUUGGCCGCUCUUAACCUGGUCGUUCCCUAUGAAGACGUCGACGUAAACUCGCACCCGGCCAAGCGGGAGGUACGUUUUCGACAGGACGGAAAAGUGUAUGCGGCGCUGCAAAGAGGGGUAAGAGCGGCUUUAGUUGCCUAUUCCCCGGUAAGGGGAAUUCAGGGAACGAUAAGAGGUAGAAAUUCUCCGGCAAGCGGACUUGAAAAUACUGCUGGUUUUUUCCGCAGUCCGUUUGAUUCUGGGUCAGUGUCUCCUCCAUCCUCAGGCGGACGGCAAGGACCUACUGGCAGUGGUGAUAUCCAAGUGAGGGGAGCAGGUCCUGCUGAUGCAGCGCUGACGCCUCAGCAAGCCCUGCCAGCAUUGAGGGUUGUGGGCCAGGUGAAGCUCACUUACAUAGUGGCGGAAAGCCCGGAUGGGAUGUACCUGAUAGAUCAACAUGCCGCCCACGAGCGUGUCCUGUUUGACCGCAUAGUGCAAGAUGCGGCUCAACGUGAACCCCAAUCACAGCCGCUGUUGUCCCCGUCCCUAGUGGAAUUGACUCCUGGUCAGGUCGAAACUCUGGUCAACAACCUGAAGUUCUUGAGCGACUAUGGGUUUGAGCUGGAGGAAUUUGGUGGUGCCGGAUUCCUGAUCAGGGCCGUGCCAUUUGUGCUUACCACGCAAGACCCUGGAAAAGCACUGAUUGAUGUGCUGGACCUGGUGGCGUUUGAAGGGUUAUUGAAGGAACGGGAGGAUAUAUUGGCAGCUUCUCUUGCUUGCCAUAGCGCUAUCCGCGCCGGUCAGUCAAUGACCGAAACUGAAAUGAGGGCCCUGCUGGAACAGUUGGAGGUUACUGAUAAUCCGCAUACCUGCCCCCACGGGAGGCCUACAGUAAUCCACUUCAGUUCCUACCACAUGGAGCGGGAAUUCGGGAGGCGGUAG